AAGCGCAACUCAAAACCUCACUAAACCCUACUACGAUACCUCCUCGGCCCCCCUCUCCUCCAUGGCCUGAUUCUUUCUGCCUCACCGCCGCCGGAGGCGGUCAAACGAUGCUACCCCUCCCCCUGCGCCGCCACUUCCUCUCCUUCUACUCUCGCCGGAACCCUAGCUUCAUCCCCUUCUCUAUCCGCGCCACCGCCAUCUCCACCCUCCCAACCGACUCCUCCUCCUCCUCCUCCUCCGCCGCCGCCGCCACUCCAAUCUCCGACCGCCUCCGCCUCCUCCAGUCGCUCCAAGCCGUCCCCGCCAACCUCCUCCUCUCUCAUCCCCUCCCCUCCUCCGCCCACCUCUGCAUCGCGGCCCACCUCCUCGCCCGCGCCCGCCUCUUCCCCCAUUCCCGCAGCCUCCUCUCCCGCCUUCUCGCCCCCGGUCACCGGCCCCACCUCGCCGCCUCCCUCGUCGACCUCCUCCAUCGCGCGGCUCUCGCACUGGGGCCUCGCCGCAGCGCCCUGCCCUCCGUCGUCGACACCCUCCUCUCCCUCCUCGCCGACCGCGGCUUCCUCGACGGCGCCGUUCUCGCCCUUGGCCGUGUGCGGGAGCUGCGGGUGCCCCCUAACACCCGCACCUGCAACCACAUCCUCCUCCGCCUAGCCCGUGAGCGCCGCGGUGCGCUCGUCCGGCGGCUAUUUGAGCAGGUGCCUGCCCCCAACGUGUUCACGUUCAACAUCGUGAUCGAUUUCCUGUGCAAGGAAGGGGAGCUCGCUGAGGCGAGAGCAUUGUUCUCGAGGAUGAAGGCAAUAGGUUGCCCACCAGAUGUUGUCACAUACAAUUCGCUCAUUGAUGGGUGUGGCAAAUGCGGGGAGUUGGAAGAGGUGGAGCAGCUCGUCGGGGAGAUGAGGGGGUGUGGAUGCACACCAGAUGUUGUGACAUACAAUGCAUUAGUCAACUGCUUUUGCAAGUUUUGGAGGAUGGAAAGGGCAUACAGCUACUUUGCUGAGAUGAAGAGGGAAGGAGUGAUAGCAAAUGUAAGGACUUAUAGCACCUUUGUAGAUGCGUUCUGCAAGGAGGGGAUGGUAAGGGAGGCUAUGAAGCUGUUUGCGCAAAUGAGGAUCAGGGGGAUGGCACCGAAUGAGGUGACAUAUACAUGUUUGGUUGAUGGGACCUUUAAGGCAGGUAAGCUUGAUGAUGCCUUUGUUUUGAUUGAUGAAAUGGUGCAGCAAGGUGUGCCAUUGAAUGUGGUCACAUAUACUGUGCAAGUUGAUGGACUUUGUAAAGAGGGGAAGGUUGCAGAAGCGGAGGAUGUUUUUAGGCUGAUGGAGAAAGCUGGCGUCAGAGCCAACGAGUUGUUGUACACCACACUAAUUCAUGGGCAUUUUGUGAAUAAAAAUAGUGAGAGAGCGCUGGAUUUGUUGAGUGAGAUGAAGGAUAAAGGGAUGGAGCUUGAUGUUUCGCUUUAUGGUGCCCUCAUUUGGGGACUCUGUAAUCUUCAGAAGGUGGAUGAGGCUAAGAGUUUGUUAAAUAAAAUGGAUGAAUGUGGUCUGAAACCCAAUAAUAUCAUCUAUACGAAUAUAAUGGAUGCCUGCUUUAAAGAAGGAAAAGAGUCAGAGGCCAUUGCCCUGUUCCACAAGAUGCAGGAUUCCGGGUUCCAGCCUAAUGUUGUGACAUAUUCUGCAUUGGUUGAUGGUUUGUGCAAAUCAGGAUCAGUUGAUGAGGCAGUCUCACAUUUUAACAAAAUGAGAGACCUAGGGUUAGAGCCUAAUGUACAUACUUACACCGCUUUAAUUGAUGGUUUGUGCAAGAGUGGGUGCUUAACCAAGGCUGUGGGGUUGUUGGAUGAAAUGGUUGACAAGGGUUUGUCUUUGGACAAAGUUGUGUAUACAUCUCUUAUGGAUGGGUACCUGAAGCAGGGAAAUCUUCAGGAUGCCUUUGCACUCAAGGCCGAGAUGAUCAAUAGUGGUUUGCAGCUAGAUCUCUAUGGGUACACUUGUUUUCUAUGGGGAUUUUGUAAUUUAAAUAUGAUGCAAGAAGCUAGAGAAGUUCUUUCAGAAAUGAUUGGAAAUGGUAUUACUCCUGAUACGGUAAUUUACAACUGUCUGAUAAGCAAAUACAUGAAAUUGGGGAAUAUUGAGGAGGCAGCUAGUCUUCAGAAUGAAAUGGAAAGUGUGCUACCCUCUUUUACAAAUGGUGAUACUGCUCCUGGUUCUGAUGGUUAAACUUGAGCAUCUGCUUGUGAGCAGCAUAGCAGCAAAAGCCACUAAAUUAAAACACCUCUCCUGGUUUUCUGACUGGGUUCAAACUAGUCAAGAAACUACAUUUGAUGCCAAAUUUGAGAAGACAUGCGAAAAAUCCAAUUAUCUGGAAACAGGCCCCAACAGACAGAAAAAUGACUCUGUUUCUCUAUUAAGUUGGGAGAGUGAGAAGGAACUCCCAAAUUUCGAAAUGUUCCAUAGAUACCAUCUGCCAUGCUUCCACCAAUAUUGAUGCCAAUAACAGAUCCAUGAGCGGAUAAACCAAGUUUCGUGUGGCCAUGAAGAACUCACCGUCAUUUUGCCCAAACAACAGAUGCCAGAGAUUCAUGAAGCGCAACACAUGAUAUUUUCCUCAUGUUGCUGCAGAAGUUUUGCAUAAACCUAAGAGCAGUAGAUGUUGCACCUCUUUUAUCUCGUGCCAUCUGUCGUUUUUAGCAGUGGGAUUUCUUACUCAUAGUCGAAUAGUGGAUAAUGGGGUGAAGACAACAUCGUAUUCUUCCAGGUAUUGACCUGCUGAAUAUUGUGAGUCCAUACAAUCUGAUGCCUUCAUGUCAGUCACCAGGUUCUGUCACACAGUAGUCAGGUCAAAUUGUGCUCCAAGCACCUCUGCGAUUACCUUCAUGAGGUGAUAGUUUUCUUUGUGGUCUAUGCUGAAACACUGUUGAUGUUGGUAACGUUCGCAGAAGAGAAGACAUACUUUGAAGUAUGGCAGGAUGAUUUGCAUUCACUUGCUUCUGAUGACAUCACAUGAGAAACAUUGGAGACAUAACUCUGUUUUGAAAACCAAGAUUUGCCACUUGUACCUACUGCCAUUCUUCAAAGUUCAGUAUCAUCAGGGAUGCAGUGAUCAACAUGGCGUAGAAUGAGUAUUAUGUUUACAAGCUAAGCCAGCAGAAAUCUACGGGGAAAACAUUGUAAGAGGGCUGCACUAACUGGUUCGUCUUGAUGUUGGGCUUGGGCGUAUUUGGCCUGAUUAACUGGACGGAGCCCUUCCUGCCAAACAUCAGGUGAGAAAUUUACCAGUGGGUGUGUCCAGUUGUUGCUGCCUCUAGCAGUGCUCUCGAGUUUUCAUUGGUCCCCUCUUGCCUAGGCUGUGAUUGAGAUGGAGUGCUGUUUUAUGUUUAUGAUCCAUUGCACACCUUAUGGAUACAACCUUCUGCUUGGCCAGCAAAGAGGUGGUACUUACAGUGAAAAGUGAUAGGAGUCUCUCAGGUGAUGGUGAUCAAAGAACUGGAGAUGAUACAGAUAUCUGUUGGUUUGGUGGACAAGAAUAAGAUGGCUGGGCAUUUUCUGGCCAUCGUAACAAUCAUUAUUUUGGUGGAGGCAUGACGUAUCGGAAUCCUGCAAGGUGCAGAAUAUGCUGGAACUGUCCUUUUUCCUAGUCCAGCAUCUCGCCUCAGACCCUCAAGUUAAUUGGAUACAUUGAAUAGCAGCCGUACACUACAUGAAACACCUAAACAAAGGUUAAAAUGGAUAGGUUUAUGUUUCUCUUUUGCACAGUUUUUGGUUCUUCAAACAGUGUUUAUCUAACUAUUGAUUAUUUUUUCCCAA